GGCCCUCCGCUUGCUGCGGAUCGAGCCCUUGGCCGUCAGUCCCGGCGCAGGGCAGGCGGGCGGCGCGGCGCCGUGCUCGGUAGGUGCCGCGGGGCAGGGCCGGCCGGGCCGGGGCGCUGGCAGCAGGAGCCCGCAUGCCUGAGGCUCCGCUGCCCCCACAGCGGAACGUGCUGCGGAAGCGGAGGCGCUGGGAGCGGGUACUGGCGGCGAGGAGGAGGAAGCGGGCGCAGGAGCGGGAGAGGAGCAGGGCCCGGCGGGCCGAGAACCCAGGGGCUGCCAGCCGGAAUGGUGGCAGGGCCCUGGCCUCCCUCGCCAAGGAACGGCUUCUGGAGGCCCGGGCCUCGGGACCGCGGCUCUGCAUAGACCUCGGCGUGGCUGCCCGUAUGACAGAGAAGGAGACGAGCCGCCUGGCCUCCCAGAUCAGGAGACUCUACGGGGCGAACAGGCGAGCAGAGAAGCCCUUCUGGCUCUGCCUGACAGAGUUCACAGAGGGCUCGCUGAUCUACAGGGAGUGCUUGCGCAUGAACGACGGCUUCUCCAGCUACUUGAUGGAUACGACUCAAGAAAGCUACCUGGACCUGUUCCCUUUAGAUGCAAUUGUUUAUCUCACUCCUGACUCAGACAACGUCCUUGAAGAUAUUGAGGCAGAUAAAGUGUAUGUCCUUGGAGGCCUGGUGGAUGAGAGUAUUCACAAGAAGCUGACCCUGCAGAGGGCACAGGAGCAGGCCCUGCAGACAGCCCGGCUGCCCAUCCGCGAGUACAUGGUGAAAUCCAGCAGCACCAGGAACUACCACUCGGAGACGCUGGCGAUCAACCAAGUCUUUGAUGUUCUGUCCACUUACUACGAGACCCGAAGCUGGCCAGCAGCCCUGAAGGCUGGAGUUGCCGCUGGAAAAGGCUAUGUGCUGCCGGAUGCAGCGAAGUAAGGGGAAGCACCUCAGCAUGACCCUGCUGCAUUUUGUGAUGCAAGGAGCUGUGCAGGCAAGAGAGGCAAACUCCAGACUCCAAGCCGAGGCACCAGAAUGACUGUGCAUAAACACCUCAGAGUAAGGACCCUGCUGAGAGUGACACAUUCCACAUCAUCAGCACACCCCUGGAAGUGACUCUUCCCUUUGAAAAGGGAACAAAAGCCACUGGAGGCCAGUGGCCAAGGAAAGCAAGAAUUUGAUUUGGAUUCUCUGCAGAUGCUUGUUAGAGCAUUUCUGACUCUGGCAUCUACACUUGAUCUGGGAGGGGAAGGAGAGCUUUAAGUUAUUUCUUUGAUCUUCAUUAAACUCUUCAGUAAGGUGAA